AUGCCACAAAAGAGGAAACAUUCACUGUUUGAGCAAAACAAGCAGAAGCCUGGUGCGGAGCACAACUUGGAGACGGGCGAUUUCCAAGACAGAAUCGCAUGUUCAGGCGCUUCGAGACCUGUGGUUUGUCCUUCACCAUGCAAUCCAGGUCUCUCUGGGGCUCCUGCUGUAGAAACAGGUGAUUCACUAGAAAUUUCAUGGAAGACAUUUCUGUCUGUGUUAAGAUCCAUGGAGGAAUGUUCAGAAAACAAGAUGAGCACCUUGGUUCCACAGCUAAUAACAUCUCAACCAAUUCUAUUGAGGAAAAAAAUUGCCAUCAAACCUGAGAAAAUAAGAAAAGCCAGAUCGAGUGCUUUCCCUGUUAUAGUGAAGCCUGGUGAAAAACCAAAUGCAAUACUUCAAAAGGAAAGGGAACUGAGUGCUGUAGAGAAAAUUAGAAUUGGCUCAGAUCAACCUGAUUCUUGCGGAAAAACUCCUAAAGGAGACAUAAAUCACUCAGCAAACAAAUCUAAGGGAGAGCAAGCCUCAAAUGAAUCAAGUUACACUCAGCUACCUUUGUCUCUACCUGAGCCCAAACCUACAGCCCAAAGACAACGUGAAGUCCCUCUGCUCGUUCCUCAAGAAAACACAACCCUGACUCACAAGUUCAAAAAAGGACUGACAUAUCACAAAGACUGGAAUCAGCAGAGUGAACAUUUUAAUGGAGACAGGUCUAAAACAUGGAGCUCUGUCAUUAUGGGGGGUGAGAGACGCACCCCAUACUGUUGUGAUCACAGUUUCUUCAGCGUCUGUUGUUUGCCUGUGAGAAGAAACCGAAGAAUUCAGCCGAAGUCGUCCCAAACAGAGCUACUAUCUCAGGAGAGCAGCUGCGUGGGAUCUAACAAAGUGUUCUGUCAGAAAUUAAAUAGCAGCGUUAGCGCACUCCCUCACUUGGAUUGCCAAGCUAAAUCUAAUGUAGUUUCAACUGCUGUAAAGCCCCAGCCACAAGAUGGCACCCUUCCGCAAAUAACCACCAAGAACUCGCAGAGCGCUUUGCAUCAGCAGGAAAGCAGAGCUCAAGGCCAGCCAUUUGCUUCAGCUUUGCCUGAAAGCAGCAGUAAAGCACUGUCCAGCAAAACUGAUGCAGACAAAGGCCAUGGUCUCAAGCUCCCUCUGACUGCAGCAGAAGCCUUGAAACAUUUUAAAAACCAGCUUACUCUGUAUGAACAACGAGAAAUUAAAGAAUACAGAGAGCUGUGGUAUCUCGGGCUGGGAGCGAAAAAGAUCGAAGGGUACACUGACGCAGAGAACAAUAAUUCAUACGACGAUGAUCACGGCUCUUACAAAAAAAUUCUAGGUGACCAUAUCGCAUACAGAUAUGAAAUAUUGGCAGUCAUCGGAAAAGGAUCCUUUGGGCACGUCGUGAGGUGUUUGGAUCACAAGACAGGUGAAAAAGUGGCGGUGAAAAUAAUAAGGAACAAAAAGAGAUUUCAUAACCAGGCCUUGGUGGAAGUCAGCAUUCUCGAUACCCUUCGCCAGAAGGAUGAAGACAAUACGUACAAUGUAGUCCACAUGAAAGAAUAUUUUUACUUCCGUAAUCACUUCUGCAUUUCUUUUGAAUUGUUAGGUAUAAAUUUGUAUGAAUUAAUCAAGAAAAAUAAUUUCCAAGGCUUCACCUUGAGUCUGAUUCGUCGGUUCACUCAAUGUAUAUUAAGAUGUUUGCAAUUGCUGUAUACGGAGAAAAUUAUCCAUUGUGAUCUAAAGCCUGAGAACAUACUUAUAAAUCAACCACAAACAGGGCAAAUUUCAUUUAAAGUUAUCGACUUUGGAUCAAGCUGCUAUGAGCACCAAAGAGUGUACACCUAUGUCCAGAGUCGGUUUUAUCGAUCCCCGGAAGUGAUUCUUGGUCACCCCUAUGCGACUGCCAUUGACAUGUGGAGCCUGGGCUGCAUCCUGGCGGAGCUCUACACAGGGUACCCCCUUUUUCCUGGAGAGAACGAAGUGGAGCAGCUUGCCUGCAUCAUGGAGAUACUGGGCCUUCCACCGGCUGAUUUCAUUCAGACAGCAUCAAGAAGGCGAACGUUUUUUGAUUCUAACGGUGUCCCAAAGAGUGUAACCAAUAGCAGGGGGAAGGUACGAAACCCAAAUUCGAAGGAUCUGAGUGCAGUAUUGAAAACCUACGACACUUCUUUUCUGGAUUUUCUGAAAAAAUGUCUGGUAUGGAAGCCUACCUUGCGUAUGACGCCAGAAGAAGCGAUGCGCCAUGCCUGGAUGCAGGACCCGUGGAUACAUAAAAUGAAACAAAAGCCCAAGCUGGCUCCAAAGUCCAUUGAAGGAUCCUUCAUCACCCCUGAGAAGAAGAAGGAGAACUUUCAUAAAAUCCCACAGCCAGAAAGAGGAGAUGAAAUCUGGCCCCCGCCCCCGGGAGAUGUCAAAGGCGAAGCCCCCGAGAAAUUACCUGUCGCCAGCCAAAAACUGUCUACCAUUGUUCUGCCCCAAGAAACAAACAGAGAUGAAAGCCAGGAUGCAAACAAACAGGACACUCCUGAGAAAGAAAGAGAAACCCCCAUGGACAAAGCUGUAAAAAGAGACCACAGGACCGAGAAAGGCAUGCACAAAAACACAAGCAUCUUCCCACCCAUUCGGUACAAGCAGUGA